AUGGCUUCUCCCAGCCAGCCGGGCGACCUAGCCAGGCGCCCAGUGACAUCGGUGCCGUCGAGCUUAGUCAAGCCCACGUACUGGCUUUCCAAUCCCGAGAUCUCGGAGAUCGUCACCAUGCGAAUCUGGAGUGGCUAUGGGAAAUAUGAGAUUGUUGCUCUACGCAUCUCAUAUGUAUGUCUGGGUCGCACCGGGCGGAGUUCCACCGCCGAAUAUACCCCGGACAGCUCGGUAGGCCCCCAGGCCACCAAUGGCAGAGCCUGCAACUACCGAGAGGCUUAA